CGCUCGCUCUCACGGCGUUCGUCGGGAGCCUUUCCAGCUGGUAGCGCAGCUGCUAUGCUAUGCUACGCGGCUAGGCUAAGCUAAGCGAAGCGGCCACCGGCAAGAAUGGCAAGGUAGGCGACCUUCCCUCUCGUUUUGGCUCACUUUGUGAGGAAUGCAUCUGCCCAAGAAAUGUUCGGCCUUCCGCAUGGUGCUGAGCGCUCUGCUGCUGGUGGCGCUGCUGCAGCUCCUCUACCUGUCCUUCUUGUCCAAGUUGCACGGCAAGCAGCAGCGCUACAGCUACUCGGAGCUCUUCGGGGGCUCCGGCCCGGGGAGCGUCGCGGCGCACGCCGAGAAGAACGCCCGCAAGGAGCGCCUGAGGUAUUCCCUUUCCACGGGGGGGAUCUUUGACCACAGCGGACAGUACCGCGUGUACAAGAACAUGGUUCAGAGCGACUUCGCCAACAAGCCGGCUUCCAAUGUUCUCACGCUGGCCACCCACACGAGCAUCAACAACCUUCACCACCUGGAGGAUCUGGUGGAGCGGUGGCGCAACCCGCUGUCGGUGGCCAUCUUUGCGCACGGCCAGGACGUCAAGUUUGCCACGGCGCUGGUGUACGCGCUGGGCGUCUUGUGUCCUCGCUUGCAGGCCCUGGUGGACUUCCACCUGGUGUGUCUCUCGGGGGAGACGGCCAGCUUCCCCGAGGAGGACCACCACCACUUUGCCGGCCUGGGCGACUGCGCUGCCGUCUUCGCCCGGCUGCAAGCCCACAGGGACAAAUACAAGAACUACGCUAUUGGCGCCGACGUCUCCUACCCCAAUAACCUCCUUCGGAACGUGGCCCGAGGAGGCACCGAGGCCUCCUACGUCCUCGUCAUUGACAUCGACAUGAUGCCUGCGGCUGAUCUGCACCGGCAGUUCCUGGAGAUGAUCGCCGGGCGCCGGCCUGACCCGGACCAGGUUUUCGUCUUGCCCGCCUUCGAGAUCCGCCACACCAGGAAGAUCCCGGCCACCAAGGCGGAGCUGGUGCGGCUAUACCAGGUGGGCGAAGUCAGACCUUUCUAUGAGGAGCUGUGCCCUCGAUGCCAAGCCCCCAGCAACUACUCGCAGUGGGUCAACAGCCACGUCCGGGACACUUUGGGCGUCCUGGAAGUGGCCUACACGCUGACCUGGGUGGAUCCAUGGGAGCCUUUUUACAUCGGCCCAAGCAACGUGCCCCUCUACGACGAGAACUUCAAGCAGUACGGCUUCAAUCGCAUCAGCCAGGCCUGCGAGCUCCACGUAGCCGGCUUCAAGUUCUCCGUGCUGAGCUCGGCCUUCCUGGUCCACCGCGGCUUCAAGAUCCAGGGCGAGUUCCACGCUAAGAAGGACGAGGAAAAUAAUCGCAACCGGCUCCUGUUUCGCAGCUUCAAAGAGGCUCUGAAGACCAAAUAUCCAAACUCCGCCAGGCGAUGCUAAUAUAAAGGAUAAAAACUGCUCAGUAAUGUCCGUCAGUGACCACUAGAUGGCAGCAGACGCGCUGAGACCCGACUGAUAGUUGACGUUGUACUUUUGACAUUUUUAUGCUUGUAUUUGUAUUUAUUGUAAAAUGGCACAUCCCUCGUCAAUCACCCUUUUUGGCAGAGACAACGACUUGCCGUCUAUUUAUUUUUUACUUUUGUGUAGCGCUGCUCGUCUUCUGCCUUGAUUCUUUGCCCUAAGUAUGACGUUGCCAUGACAAGCACAACAGGAAGUCAAUCUUUCUAACCGUAGACAAAGUUCGAGGCUUUUAUUCUGUCUCCAUAAGUAUUCCAACCUCAAGUUUUGGGAACUUUUGUUUCUGGCUACCCAGGAAAAAGAGUCAGCUGGAACUUUUGGUGCUAGUUUCGAAAGCCCCUCUGUGGCAUUGUUCAUUGUGUGUUAGCAUCAAGCUAGUGUCGUAAGCUAGCUAGGGAUGACAAUGUUAAUACGGUUUUGUUUAAUACACAACAGGAAGGUUUUAGUUUUAAGAUAGGUCAAACUACAACUGGGACAAUAAACAUCUUGAUGCAA